UUUAUUCCUAAGACUUUUAUUCAAGAACACGCGGCGCGUUUUACAAAAUCAAACGCCUACAAUCACUCAUACAAAGAGGGAAAACACAAAGAGAGAGAAACUUUCCAUCAGCUCGGCGGUGAGGAGAUGGUUUUUGGUUGAACUGCUCCUUUAAUGUGCAUCCAAACAGUGUGGCUGUUUUAUGGUCUUUAUCGCAUCGUCAGCUGUGAAUUCAUGUCAUCUGAGUUCGCUGCAGCGUCUCAGAUGUUGAUGAAUGAGGAGGCUGAAGUGAAUCCAAAGCAAACGCGCAGCAGCAGGUGGAGAAACGUGAAGACUUUGAUUCAUGUGUCCCGUCAGCGCGGCUCUUUUGUCUCUUUCCUCCAGUUUUAUGAGCACAUGAAUCGUCUUGGUGGGUGCAGGUCGACGGGCAGAACCCGUCUGGCCUCAUGUUGUUUUCAUUGCGCUCCGGAGCUUUUAAUCAUUAACUGUGAGCGGAUCGAGGCCGCGGAGGCGCCACGGAGAUGAAGCGUGCAGCCCGCGUACCACAUCACGUUGCUGUUGUUCUAAAUCAUCAUUAUUACCUUCACAGUAUGACAGUGAAGAAAGAUGAACACGCAGCAUUUUAUUGGCUUUUUAACAACGUGUGAGUGAAGUCCCGGACCCUCCUCCUGUGCGCAGCGCCGCCGGGCAGCUCUCACAGGGGCGGGGCCGCUGACGUCCCCACGUCGGCCAAACCUUAAACCUGCACUUUGAGGACCGAGACGGGGAUAAAGACAAGUAUUCAUGACACGCCAGGAGCGGAGAGGCUCUGGGAGGAGUGAGAUGCCCGUCCGCACUUUCACUUUUACGCGUCGUGCUUCUUGUUCUUUCCGCCUUCAGUGACCCCUCAGGCGGCGCGGGAGGCGCAGAAAACCCGACGGAAGUCCGCACGCAGCAGCUGACCUUUUCCUGUGGUCGCCGCCUGAACCGAGCGACAGGACUUGCCUACACUGGAAUAUGCAAUAGAGGAACCAGCUGCAUCAUCAUCUUCAUCACCGCUGUCAGCAUCCACGGUCGAUCCCCCCUGACAUGGCCUCCUCGCCCAAGGUCGAUGCUCACCCGUUACCCCUGCUUCAGCUCCAGGAGGUGGACUCCAGUAAAGCCUCGGAGAGGCAGAGCUCCCCGGGACUCCUGCCCACCGUCUACAGCCCUCCUCUGACCAUGGACAGCCACACCGUAUGCAUCCCCUCCCCGUACACGGACAGUAGCCACGAGUACAACCACGGCCACGGACCUCUGACCUUUUAUAGCCCGUCUGUGCUGAGCUAUGCCAGGCCGCCCAUCACUGACAGCCCGUCAGCCUUCUGGCCCUCCCACAGCCUGCCCACUGUGCCCUCGCUGACUCUGCACUGCCCUCAGCCUCUUGUCUACAAUGAACCCAGCCCACAUGCGCCCUGGCUGGAGUCCAAAGCCCACAGCAUCAACCCCAGCAGUGCCAUCAAGCCUCUGGGGAAGAGAUCGGAGGAAGCAGCGGAAGGCGUGAACUCCUCCUUGUGUUCCUCUGCAGUGGGGAAAGCCGACAUGCACUUCUGCGCCGUGUGCCACGACUACGCCUCGGGUUACCACUACGGCGUGUGGUCCUGCGAGGGCUGCAAGGCCUUUUUCAAGAGGAGCAUCCAAGGACACAAUGACUACAUCUGCCCCGCCACAAAUCAGUGCACCAUCGACAAGAACCGACGUAAAAGCUGCCAGGCCUGCCGCUUACGUAAAUGCUAUGAAGUGGGCAUGAUGAAGUGUGGCGUACGGCGUGAGCGCUGCAGCUAUCGAGGAGCUCGGCACCGCCGUGGUGGACUCCAGCCUCGGGAUCCCUCAGGCAGAGGCGUGGUCAGGGUGGGCCCGGGUUCUCGGGCCCAGCGGCAUCUCCACCUGGAGGCUCCUUUCGCCCCCCUCCCUCAGGCGAAUCACACAUACCACUCGGCCAUGAGCCCGGAGGAGUUCAUCUCCCGCAUCAUGGAGGCGGAGCCUCCAGAGAUCUACCUCAUGGAGGACCUGAAGAAGCCCUUCACCGAGGCCAGCAUGAUGAUGUCCCUCACCAACCUGGCAGACAAGGAGCUGGUCCUCAUGAUCAGCUGGGCUAAAAAGAUCCCUGGCUUCGUAGAGCUGAGCUUAGCCGACCAGAUCCACCUGCUGAAGUGCUGCUGGCUGGAGAUCCUGAUGCUGGGCCUCAUGUGGAGGUCAGUGGAUCAUCCUGGAAAACUCAUCUUCUCUCCAGACUUCAAGCUCAACAGGGAGGAGGGACAGUGUGUGGAGGGCAUCAUGGAGAUCUUCGACAUGCUGCUGGCAGCCACCUCUCGGUUUCGUGAGCUGAAGCUUCAGAGGGAGGAGUACGUCUGUCUGAAGGCCAUGAUCCUCCUCAACUCCAAUUUGUGUACGAGCUCCCCUCAGACGGCCGAGGAGCUGGAGAGCAGGAACAAGCUGCUGCGUCUGCUGGACUCGGUGAUCGACGCUCUGGUCUGGGCCAUUUCCAAACUGGGCCUGUCGACCCAGCAGCAGACUCUGCGCCUGGGACACCUCACCAUGCUGCUCUCCCACAUCCGCCACGUCAGUAACAAAGGCAUGGACCACCUGUCCACCAUGAAGAGGAAGAAUGUGGUGCUGGUGUACGACCUCCUCCUGGAGAUGCUGGACGCCAACACGCCCAGCAGCAGCGGUCAGCCGCCAUCCUCGCCGACCUCUGACACUUACUCUGACCAGCACCAGUACCCACAGCCUCCGUCUCACCUGCAGCCGGGCUCAGACCAGACCGCCGCCGGCCGCCACGUCGCCGUGCCGCCACAAGGGCCUCCUGAAAUUCCGAUCCUGGACGGACACCUGCAGGCUCUGCCCCUCCAGUCCUCACCUCCAUUUCAGAGCUUAGUGGCGGCUCACGCGGACGCCAAUGAUUAUCCCCACGUGGAGCAGUGGCCCCUGGAGGCCGGAGGUGGAGCUCCGUCAGUGGAACCAGCAGACUACAUCAGCCCUGACGGAGGCGUCAUGGAAGCCGCCUUAGCCACAGGUCUGUAGACGCGACAGACUGAGACUGAACUCGAAUGGCGUUUCAUUCCCCAAAGAUCCAGAAAAGGAAACAAACAAAAACAAAAGGACAAUAAAACAGUCCUGUUGUGAAGUAGGUUUUUUUCUCUUGUUCAGAUGUUUUUAGUCUUUGGAAAAAAAAAAGUUUUUGAUUGAAUGUAUAUUUUGUGUGCGUACAUAUUUCUUGUGAAUGUGCACUACAGCGGGUGUUCAUGAGGACGUCGCUGAGCCUCUGCCAGUCAGUUUGAGCUCUUUUUUGAUAUCUGGUAUUUGUAUUUCUCUUUUUUCACCUCGGUGUAACAUCCAGAACAAGCCGUCCACAGUCCACCUGCAGUGACGCACUGAGAGGUGCAUGUGGGCAGCACACGGCUAACAAAAGAGGGGCAGUGUUUUCCAUCUCUCUGUGGUGUCUUUCUCCUUCACUACUACUGUGUACUUUGGUGUAUCAAUCAGUGCCUGUUCAUCUAGGAAUUUUCUACAGUCUUUGUACAAACUAUGAGUGUUAGUGCAGUCAAGAAGCAGCAGUUUGUGGCCUUUCAACAAAAUGACUGUUAACAGAGGCUUUCUUCUCUGUUCUUGUAGUUAAACUAAGGCUGGAUUUACACAAGGCGUUAUGUGGCACAGACAGGUUCUUAGCUAACACUUGGCACCAGCAGAACCGAAAAGAUUUUAACUGUUAUUUGAUCAGCGUAGUUCCCAUUAAAAUCGCCUUUUCAAGAGAGUUCUGGUGCAGAACAAACCAUACAGCCAAACAUACCCGAUUAAACACCGACACCAAAGUGAGUGUACCUGCGGGUUUUUAAAAAUGGAUUUAAAAGUAUUGAAACAAGUCUGAUUUAACUCGGUCAGCUUAAGCUCAUAAAAAGUUAACCUGUAAAAAAAUAACUUGCUAACACACAUGCUGUCAUCCUAACUUACUAACCAUUGUGACCUGCUAACUUCUCAGUGUAAGCUAUAUGCUAACAUUGUAACAAGCUAACAUGCCACACCUUACAUAAGAGUGUUUUUAAAACAGGAAAAAAAAAAAUUAACUUAAUGCUUAUUUACUUGUGUUUGCAUGUAAAGGUCAUGAUAACAUUAAAAAACUAAUAAAGGAAGUUAUGUCCGUCUACUUUAGCAGUAGUUAUAGCAUGCUAAUGUCACCAUGUUACCAUGCUAAACAUCAUGUGUAAAGAUUAGUAUGUUAACAUGCUAACUUCACCUCACUGUAGUCUAUGAAGCUACAUGCUACCUACUGUUAGCGCAUUUCUCUGAAUUUCAUUAUUAAUGAAACAAAAACAGUGGUUUGCGUUCUUGUCUGAAUCGUUGCUUGUAGACUGUACAACAUGAAAUCUGACCCAAGUGUUCAUUUAGUGUGGACAGUGAUGACAGGACAGGACUCUCCAGGUGAAUAAAGCUAAUGACUGAUGCUGUAUCACCAUUUCCCCCUUAAUAACAGGCGGAUUUGUCUGGCCGUGAUGAGUUUAAUCUGUAUUGGCUCUGGUUGGUUUCAGCAGUACUGUAUGAGUGAAGCUAACAUGCUGAAUGUUAGAACGCUAACGCAUGAUGUGCUAACAUCUGUGUGUUGUGAAGCAAGCUAAUCUGCUUAAAUUGCAUUACAUUUUCGCUUUUGCAAACUGUUUAAAUGCAGGCUUAAACGUGGACCAGAUCAGCAGUGAUGCACAGUGUGGUCAUUUUAGCUCCAACAAAUAGUUUGAGACAAAUCUUUUAAACUGACCUCGGACCUGCAGGCUUUUCUUAACCACGCUGAAUGUGAGCAGUCCCAACGAUUUUUAGACAAACUCAAAAUAAUCAGGGAUUUAUACGGUAGAUUUACAUGUGGUAAACAUUUGGUCACCCUUAUUUUCUUCUGCUGCUCUAACUUUAUCCUCAGUCUAAACAAAAGAAGAUAAAUGUAUGUGCGUUUUUAUAUUUCCUUUAGACUCGGUUUUGCUUUGUCAAAGUGUUGGUAGUCUUAUUCAACCAAGUAACUAAACACGAUGGAAUCAUUAGUGUCAUCAUUGGCAGUAGUUUAUGCUCUUUCUCUAAUGGAAAACACAUGAAGAAGCUGAAUAGGAACAACAAUUCAUCAGUUCAGAACUGGCUUGUUUGGUUGUUGUUGGCUUCAGACGCAGGAGGAGCUGUUGGCUGUCAGGUCCUUAAACUAUUUGCCUUCUCACACGAAAGCGUUGCCUUUUGGACUUUGAUGUUUGCUGUGGUGUUGUUAAUGUUCUUAUUCAUUAUGCCUCUGUUCUCUGGAAAAAAAAAAAAAAACAUUAUUUGGUGCCAUCCAAGUUCCAAAUUCCAAAUUGUCAGGUCUUGAGCUGGCAAACAAAUUCAUGGAUAAGCUGCUCCAAACGCAUCAUUUAGGUCAUUUUUAUGUGCUGUGCCACUUUGCUGCCAGUGUAAAUUCAACGUUGGUUCCAGAUUAUCCAACCACUGCUAAUAGAUGUGUGUUCAGUGUCCUUUUCUUUCCUAAUGUCUGUGGCUUGUACUUGCAUGCACACACACACUCAUCCAGAUCUGAUGCUGAAAAUAUUUCUACGGGCAGUUGGUGCACACGACGCACGCUCGUAUCUCGGAUCUGGUUGAAGGCAAAGCUCUCAGCCAGUUCUUUUCUCUUUAACUCAGCCACACAGUAAACAUGCAGCCUCGGAUCAUGGCAAACACGGUUUAUUGUCAAUAAGAAAUGACAAUCUGUACAUCCCAUAAAUAACAGUUCACACAAUAAAUCAAACUUUACACACUUUGUUGUUUGCUUCUGUUCUGCUGCCCUUCGGACUGUGAGGUGGAGAUUAUGUACAAAUUGGUAUCAUACACUGAAUUUCAAAUCAAAUCAUACACGCUUGAACAUUUGGAUCAACAGCAUUAACGAUAUCAAUUACCUCCACUUAAUCAUCUCUGAUUGUGCUGGUGCACAGCUACAUUUAGUGCCCCAAGGAUCACUUACAUUCAUGUUCCACCCCAAGUCUAACAUGUUCCAUUUGACAGGAGACUGUUCAAAAACAGGUAAAUGCCCCGAGUUAUUACAGUAUAAACAACAAAUUGUGUGUUUUAAAAUCGGUCUGUUUGAACGUUCAUGUUUUAGGUUGCAUGGGCCAACUUGGACUGCACUGGGUGUGUUAUCGACGACAGAUACUCUUCAAUGACUGCAGUUUAGAUUUUGAUGUCUUGUUAAUCAGCCAAAGUAGCAGUGAGUUUGCUGCCGUCUCAAUGCACGACUUCCUACUAGAGCUAAUGUUGCUUCAUCGAUAUUAACCAAAUGU